GAGAUAACUGUUGAAGGAAGGCCCUCUGUGCCCCCGUGAUCCUAGGCAGGGAGUCCAAAAGAGCCAUCCCUUGACCGAGGGUAAAUAUUAACCCAGCCGGACAACUCCCUUCCCCUCUUCCCAGAGCCUUACCACCCAUCCUGUUGUUCUGCCAGCUCCCUGGUGCCUUCUGGUUUGCUCCGGGCGAGAGGUUUCCUAAUGAAAGCAGCCUGGGCUGAGGAGUGGUGCUCCUUCCUUCCCUCCCACCCCAUGAGCACACCGAUUCUGGGGGCUGAUAAGGGAGGCCUCCUUCCUGCCGUGCCCCAGGAGAUGAAGGCCCUCCCUUUUGGCUGUGCCAUGGCCUCCUCCACUCCCCAGCCGGGGGCUUGGUAGCCUCUACCUGGCAUCAUGAAAAACUGAGCAGAUUGGGAAUCCGAGGAGCUGCACCCAAAUUCCAGCUCUGCUUCUUAGUCCUUCUCUGACCUUCGACAAAUCCCUUUACCUUUUGGGGCUUUCUCAUGUUUUAUCAUGUCUGAGGCCUAUAAUGUCUUUGCUCUCCCCUGUCUCGGACUUUCCCAGCCUUCCACCUGAGGCCUGUGGGAGCUGAGCAGCUGAAUGUUGGCGCAGAGCCGGCGUCCCCUGGGGGAUAUAAUAUGCCUCUUCCAUGGGGAUCAGGGCUUCUGGAAGAAGACUAGUUGCCUAAGGAGGAAGGGAAAUGUCUGUUGGUCUUCUUCUGGUCUCUGCUUAGGCCCUCCGUCCUAGGGAGAUUAAUCUGAACAAUGGAAGGAGCUUCAUCUCAAGCAGCAGCUGCUGCCCAGAAUGCUGGAGAGGGAGGUUUUGCAUCCACCGCCACUCCCACCAUGGAGACCUUCUUUAGGAGACACUUCAGGAGGAAGGGGCCAGGGGCAAGCCUCAGUGGGCAGCGGCGGGGGAGCGGGGUAGCCCUCCCUACAGGCAAGGUCCGACGGCGAUCCCCGGCUGGCCAGCCUUCCUCCUCCCUGGCCCAGCAGCGACGCUCCAGUUCACAGCUUCAGGGCUGCCUCCUUAGCUGCGGCGUGAGGGCUUCCCGGCGCUGUUCCAGCACCGUACCCCCGAGCCACAACCCCCAUUUGACUGUGGAGCGAGGCCCACCCCAGAGUUUGGCACCAACUGCUGUUGACACUCACCUUCUGGGGACCCCCCUGCUCCUCACUGGUCUUGUGGGGAAGAAUGAAGCAGAGGAGGAAGAGGUAGGGCCACUGGGGCUGAGGACCCCUCAGCCAGAUGGCAAGGAGCUGGCUGCCUCCAGGUCCCAGCACUUGGGCAUCAGACCCCGGCUUCACAUACCCCGAUGUCUACGUCGACGCCGAAAAUCUUCACCCCUGCUCCCCGCUGAUGGGAUGUAUGAGCGCACCAUCUGGGGCCUACAGGGCUACUAUCGACGUCUCAGCCAGUACCGGCCCCCAGGGCAGCACCUUGUCCCCGGCGCCUCUGCCAGCCCACUUCUGCUGGGCCACCUGCGCCCUCUGUCCCGUAGGCGGCAAGUGGCUCUGAAACGCAAGGCGGCCGGACCAGAGGCCUGGAGCACUCUGCUCUCGAAAGCCAUUGCCAAGUCAGGUCUCCAACAUCUGGCACCUCCAAACCCAAGCCCUGGAGCCCCCGGCAGUGAGCCCGAGAGGCAGAUUCGAAGCACCGUGGACUGGAGUGAAACCGCCACCUACGGGGAGCACAUCUGGUUCGACACCAAUGUAUCUGGGGAUUUCUGCUACGUUGGGGAGCAGUACUGUGUCGCCAAGAUGCUGCAGAAAUCAGUGUCUCGACGAAAGUGUGCCGCCUGCAAGAUCGUUGUGCACACGCCUUGCAUUGGGCAGCUGGAGAAGAUUAACUUCCGCUGUAAACCAUCCUUCCGGGAAUCAGGGUCUAGGAAUGUGCGGGAGCCAACUUUUGUUCGUCACCACUGGGUACAUCGGCGACGCCAGGAUGGCAAGUGCCGACAUUGCGGCAAGGGUUUCCAGCAGAAGUUCACUUUCCACAGCAAAGAGAUCGUGGCCAUCAGCUGCUCGUGGUGUAAGCAGGCAUACCACAACAAAGUGUCCUGUUUCAUGAUCCAGCAGAUCGAAGAGCCCUGCUCCCUAGGGGCCCAUGCCGCCGUAGUCAUCCCCCCGACCUGGAUCCUCCGGGCCCGGCGCCCCCAGAACCCCCUCAAGGUCAGCAAAAAGAAGAAGAGGACGUCUUUCAAGAGGAAAUCCAGCAAGAAGGGACCUGAGGAGGGCCGUUGGAAACCCUUCAUCAUCAAACCUACCCCAUCCCCACUCAUGAAGCCCCUGCUGGUGUUUGUAAACCCUAAGAGUGGGGGCAAUCAGGGUUCUAAGAUUAUCCAGUCCUUUCUCUGGUAUCUCAACCCACGGCAAGUCUUUGACCUGAGCCAGGGUGGGCCCAAGGAGGCGCUGGAGAUGUACCGGAAAGUGCACAACCUUCGAAUCCUGGCGUGUGGGGGUGAUGGCACGGUCGGCUGGAUCCUUUCCACCCUGGACCAGCUGCGCCUGAAGCCACCACCACCUGUUGCCAUCCUACCUCUCGGCACCGGCAACGAUUUGGCCCGGACCCUCAACUGGGGUGGGGGCUACACGGAUGAGCCAGUGUCCAAGAUCCUGUCCCAUGUGGAGGAGGGCAAUGUCGUGCAGCUGGACCGCUGGGACCUGCGAGCAGAGCCCAAUCUGGAGGCUGGGCCUGAUGACCGGGACGAGGGGGCUACCGACAGGCUGCCUCUCGAUGUCUUUAACAAUUACUUCAGCCUCGGCUUUGAUGCCCACGUCACCCUAGAAUUUCAUGAGUCUCGAGAGGCCAAUCCAGAAAAAUUCAAUAGCCGGUUUCGGAACAAGAUGUUCUAUGCUGGGACGGCCUUUUCUGACUUCCUCAUGGGCAGCUCCAAAGACUUGGCCAAGCACAUCCGAGUGGUGUGUGAUGGCACAGACUUGACCCCCAAGAUCCAGGACCUGAAGCCCCAGUGCAUCGUCUUCUUGAAUAUCCCCAGGUAUUGUGCAGGCACCAUGCCCUGGGGCCACCCUGGUGACCACCAUGACUUUGAGCCCCAGCGGCAUGAUGAUGGCUACCUCGAGGUCAUCGGCUUCACCAUGACAUCACUGGCUGCCCUCCAGGUGGGCGGGCACGGCGAACGUCUUACCCAGUGCCGGGAGGUGGUGCUCACGACGGCCAAGGCCAUCCCAGUGCAGGUGGACGGGGAGCCCUGCAAGCUGGCUGCGUCCUGCAUUCGCAUCGCCCUGCGCAACCAAGCCACGAUGGUGCAGAAGGCCAAGCGGAGGAGCUCUGUGCCCCUGCACAGCGACCAGCAGCCUGUCCCCGAGCAGCUGCGGAUCCAGCUACGGCGGGUCAGCAUGCAUGACUACGAGGUCUUGCACUACGACAAAGAGCAGCUGAAGGAGGCCUCCGUGCCGCUGGGCACUGUGGUGGUGCCAGGGGACAGCGACCUGGAGCUCUGCCGGACCCACAUUGAGAGGCUGCAGCAGGGGGAACCCAACGGAGCAGGAGCCAAGGCUGUGUCAGGCCAGAAACUGUCACCCAAUUGGUGUUUCCUGGAUGCUACUACAGCCAAUCGAUUCUACAGGAUAGAUCGUGCCCAGGAACAUCUUAACUACGUGACAGAGAUUGCACAGGAUGAACUCUAUGUGCUGGACCCAGAGCUGCUGGGCACUCCUGCCAGGCCUGCCCUCGAGGCCCCCCAAAGCCCUGGCCCCACCUCUCCACCACCCCCAUCCCCCAGGCCCAGGCCAGACCAAGGGGACAUUAUGCCCCCAAAAGGUGAAGGCUUGAUAGAAGCUGCUGAAAGCAAUGACUUCUGUAAGUUCCAGGAGCUCCACCGAGCAGGGGGAGACCUCAUGCUCCGGGAUGAGCGAGGCCGAACCCUCUUGCACCAUGCCGUCAGAGCUGGGAGCAAGGAGAUCGUCCGCUAUCUCCUGGACCAUGCCCCGACAGAAAUCAUUGAUGCCGUAGAAGAGAAUGGGGAGACGUCCCUCCAUCAGGCAGCGGCCCUGCGGCAACGCACAAUCUGCCACUACAUUGUGGAGGCGGGUGCCUCGCUCAUGAAGACUGAUCUGCAGGGUGACACACCGAGGCAGCGGGCAGAGAAGGCCCAGGACACCGAGCUGGCCGCCUACCUAGAAAACCGUCAGCACUACCAGAUGAUCCAGAGGGAGGAUCAGGAGACGGCCGUGUAGCCCAGUGACCCCAGGAAGCAAGCCUGGCGUGGCCUGGAUCCUCCCCUGCUCCAUGACCAGGAUGGGGGGGAGGGGGCCCAAGCCCUUGGCCUCAAUUGUUCACACUGCUACAUUCCACUGGGCCAGGCGGACAGCACCGUGGGGGGACCCCACCUGGGGAAGGAGCCCUGUGGCUGACCUGGGGCCUGCAAGACUUGAGGGAGGCACCCAGAGACUGGACUCAGAGCCUGGGGCUACAGCCCACCCCUGCCCCCAUCCUCUGCAUGUUUCUCUUGCCUGGCUUUUGAGCCCCAUCUCUAUCCUGGAGGCCCGAGCCUCCAGCCCUGACCAGGAGGGUUGAGGGAGAGCAGUUUCCUGAAGGAGGGGCAUUGCCCAGCCCGGAGAGCCAGUGACCCUGCCCACAGCAGCCAAGACUAGAGUCAGGACUGCGGCCACAUCCCAGCCACUGUCAGGGAGGCUGAACACCGUCUUCAGCUGCCUUAGGAGUUUCAGGGAGGGAGGGAGAUCCUAAGGCAGGGGAGAGGCUGACUUGGAGGGAAGUGAGCCUGGGCCUGGAGAAGUAGGAGCAGGAGGCCAGGGAGUAUCGCCAGAAGCCCCAGGAGGGCAGGGGAAAGAGGCAGAUGGAGAGGAGAGGGGUUCGAUGCUGCUGGCCUCUACGGCUUCUCGCCCCCACUGGAUCCCAAGCCUUCCUGAUGGAGCCUGGCCCCCCACCCCAGCCCCCAUUGCCUUUCGCACGCCAACCCAUUUCAUCGCAGACCGGGCAGUCCCUGCCCAAGGUGCACAUGGGGGGUGGGGGAGGGUGCCCAGGGAAGCUUGUCAUGGUGUCAUGUUUACAGCCCAGCUGGGUGUAACUCAGUAAAAUGGAUGGUUUUUUUUUU